UCUAUGCCUGGCUCUACGUACAGACGAUCAAAGCAAUGAUCCGUUCAUAUAAUCGUCUGUGCUGUGCCUGUGUUUGGGAUUUGUUCCAACCUGUAAGCACUGCGGGUGUAUUGUCUCAAAAUACUGAGUGUUAUAAUAGCCUGUGUGUUUUUUGUACGUGGAAAGCAUCGACAGCAUAGUAGAAUUUCGUCGCAACAUACGUGUCUUUGUGUUCUGGACCACGAAUAUUGUUAGUACUUGACUGUUGUUUCGUUCGACGUCGUCAUCAUUGAUGCUAAUGUAAACGUGUCAGCUGCAUCCAGCUUCAACGACGCCAACCGAUACUAAAAUUGACUGCGACGGAUUGUGGAUCAGUCGGAGUGAGCUUGUCGGUGACGUUUUACGCCUUACGAACAUGCGUGACUAGAAACGAAUAACUUGUUCGAAAGCCAAUGCUGACGUGAUCCAGCGCAGAGCGACUGCGAUGUGACUUUUAUUUUACUGGAACACAAGGGCGACAGAAAAGUUAAUUAAUUGUAAGCACUAUUCGCCGUGAAGGCCUCCAGGAUGCUGUCAUUUCGACAGGGCCUCUUUACCCUGGGAAGCCUGUGUGUAUCCACAGCGGUAGUGGGAAAUGCUUAUCUACAAAAAAGGCAGUUUUAUCCAUCCGUGGUUUUUCUCACAAAGUCAAACCCAUGUAUGGCCGUAAUCUACGUUCAAGCUGCCGUCAUCGUAUGGUUGAUGGCCAAAGCUAUGGGUAAGCUGUUUUUCGGACAGCUUCGCCCAGCCGAGAUCGAGCAUCUCCUCGAGAGGUCGUGGUACGCUAUAACAGAAACGUGUUUAGCUUUUACAGUAUUCCGGGAUGAUUUCUCGCCAAAAUUUAUAGCCCUUUUUGUAUUACUUCUCGUCCUAAAGGGUUUUCACUGGUUAGCCGAGGAUCGAGUCGACUUCAUGGAGCGAAGCCCAAAUAUUUCUUUGUUGUUCCACAUUCGUGUAUUGAGUUUGUUAGCGUUGCUUAGUGUGUUGGAUUAUGCGUUUGUUCGUCACGCCUACUUUAGCGUCGCGACCGCUGGAGCGUCGGUGCAGGUGGUCUUCGGCUUCGAGUAUGCAAUCCUUCUUUCCUCUGUUUGGUAUAUCCUAAUAAAAUACGUUUUACACUCCAUCGAUUCUCGUGCUGAGACUCAGUGGGAUAAUAAGGCCGUGCUCCUUCUUUACACUGAACUCAUGAUGAGCUCAUCCAAGGUAUUGCUUUACGCUACAUUUAUGCUUGUCAUGCUGCGUAUCCACACUUUCCCGUUGUUUGCUAUUCGGCCGAUGUAUCUUUCGAUACGAGCGUUGAAAAGGGCCUUCAAGGACGUCGUUCUAUCACGUCAGGCGAUCAAUAAUAUGAAUACAUUGUAUCCGGAUGCCACGGCUGAGGAGCUGGCGUCGGCUGAUAAUGUGUGCAUCAUCUGCCGAGAAGAAAUGCAGGUUGCUGGAGCAGGAGGCGGUGUGGGCGCCAACAAGAAGUUGCCUUGUAAUCAUAUUUUUCAUGCAGCGUGCUUACGUAGUUGGUUUCAAAGGCAACAGACUUGCCCGACAUGUAGAAGCGACGUGCUGAAUGUUAGUGGCAGAGGUACGUUAACACCUGGCGCACCAAAUCACGGUGGUGGGGCAGUAGCGGCUGGUGCAGUUGCUGCAGGUCAACGCGGCGGAGCAAAUCUUCCACCUGGUGCCCAAAUUAUUCCACCCUUCCAAAUACCCAAUGUGCAAGCCCUCUUUGAAAACUGGCCCAACCUUCACCAGCCGCCGAAUGCCAACAAUAUUCCAGUAGCCCAACAACCGCAACCAGCAAAUAACAACAACAACGACAACAACAACGCCCAAAACAAUGCUGAGGUUGCAGGGCCUGCUGGCCCUGGAGCGCCUUCACCUGGUGGACUCAACAAUGCCGGUACAAAUCAAACUAGGGGCCAAGGCGCAAACCGCGCUUCCGGAGUCGCUGCUGGGGUCGCAACACGAACUGCGUCGACAAUAAUCUCACCUCCGCCUCCGUUUACGCUUCUACCCGCGUUGUUCCUUCCACCACCCCCACCGAUUAUUCCGGGUGAGCUCAACCUCGGCACGUUAUCGGAAAGCGAACUUCGCGCGAUGGAGGGCAAUGAGCGGCUUGCCGUGGAGGCUCGAAUUCAGCAUCUUCGCAAUAUUGAAGUUCUACUUGAUGCUGCUGUUACGAUGAUGGCACAAUACAACAAUGCAACCACUAUUGCGUCGGCGGUUCCGCAACCUGCAGCGACAGCCGCACAGCAAGCGUCGGCAUCUGGUACUCAAUUGGCCAGCGCUACAAAUGCAAACAGUGCACCAAAACAACAGCAGUCGGCACAGGCUGGCUCUUCGACGGGACCCACUAAUGUUACACAGUCAACAAAGUCUUCGACGUCGGCCAGUAACACGGUACAACAACGCGGUUUCCUCAUGUGGAUACAUCGCCAACACGAAUGCCAGAUACUGCCGGUUCUUCAUCGUGUAGUACAGCUGCUGCAAACACAAUUGACGCUAGCGAACUUCGAAGACGACGGGUCGAAAAGUUGGCAGGACCAAUUACAGCAGCAGCGACAACAGCAACAGCUGCGGCCAGUUCGAACGGCUCGGCUAUAAAUUCAGAUCCAGGAUCAGUGGGGUUAUCUCAAAGGGGCUCGAUUUGAGAGGUCUAAGAGGAUGGUAGUGACUGUUAAUAAUGCUAAAAAAACAAUAAGAUCUAAAACAUGCAGAAAAAGAAAACAUUCACUGAUGUUGAUGACGCUACAAAAGUUAGCAUUGCAGGAGGGGAAUAUUGCAUGCAACGUCAUAGGGAACAGAGUGGUUUUCCAUAACACAAAAAUGGCAUAACCUCAACUUAACGUCAACUAACUGAGCGACAAUGUUUGACUCUCUCACCGAAAUAACUGCGGCGUGACUGAUAAGUUUUUUCAUGAACUAAAUAAACACUGAAUGACGCUUUAUAGUAAAUAGGCACCGGUUAACAGCUAUAUACACUAGGCAUAAAUGGUCGAUCAAAAUCUAGAGUAAUUCGAACGUAUUAAGUACUAAUCAAUACGUCGCAGGGAUGCAUAUGUAUCUUAAGGUAACAGACAAAGCAAUAGCCAAAUCUCAGCUAUGCUUACUUUAUUGGGUUUGUAAGGUUUGAGAAUCGAAUUACGCUUUAAAUGCGUUUUAAGGAAAAGUCAAAUGCAUUACAGUUGAUACCUUUGUUUCAACAAAAGAUCAGCUGUUGGUAACCACGUUUUUGGCUAUAUAAGAUAACAGCAUAAAAGCGUUUCUCACAAUGAACUAAAUAAUAUCUUAUGCAUAAUAUAAGGGUCCUAUUGAUUUUAGCACUAAUUAAUAAAUUUAAUAACUGUAAGAUCAGUCUCUUCUGUUAGAUGUUCGAUGUAUACGGUCUGUAUAAUAUAAAAGCAACACAAUUUUUUCAUGCGGAUAUUAAAAAAGUAAGGUAAAAAGUGACAAUAAUAAUAACAAUCAUCAGUAAUCAUUUAUAUUUAUGUAAAACGUAGUACUCUUUUAAAUGUUGUAGCGUACUAAGUCCCUCUAUCCGUAUCAUCACUAGUAGCUGAAAUUUACAAGUCAAACAAGGUAACACACCUUCCACAACGGUACGCGAAAAACAAAUACACUUUAUAGAACCAUGAUAUGUCAGAAAAAAUUGCUCACUUUGGAACAACCUAUUAAAUACCGAGCAUUUUAUAAAAUUUCAACGGAAUCAGUGCUAUGAUAUAUGCCGCUACACAUACGUAGAUUAGCUAUAUAAAUUUCAAAAUGUAAUGAGCUUACAAAAAAAUUUCAAUAUUUUUGGGUUUAAUGCCCACCUAUUUUUCUUAUAAUACAUAUUGCAUCAUUGUAGUAUAAUUGUAUCGCCGUAUACUCAAGUUUUAUUAUUUAACGUUUGCAAAAGCUGACGAAUGUCUAAAAUCUGUAAAAAAUUAAUCUGUAUGAUUCACAGCUGAACAAAAUCAUUUUAUUCCUAAACAAAAGCCACUCCAAUCAGCACGCUGCAACCACGUUAUCUUCCCAUUCCUACAUUUGCGAUUCUGGCAGUCAUCAUUCUGAUCCGUCUCCAUUUGAUAUUAAAUGUUAUAGGUAAAACAAGACAUGACGUAGCUAAACAAAUAGAACUUAUCGCAACUUGUAUGACGUGUACUAACAGGAAACCG